UCGUUCGCUGCUCUCCUCCUAUAUAUAUAUAUAUAUAUAUAUAUAUAUCUGCCAUUUCUCUUAUUGUUGUGCACACAUUCUUUUAAAGUUGAAGCUGAUAUGGAAACCCUAACCCUAACCCUAACUGGUUUGUUGAAGCAGAAGGCUGAGGAGUUCCCCUCCCGCCGUGCGCUUUCGGUCUCGGGAAAACUCGAUCUCACCCACGCUCGAUUGGAUGAGCUUAUUGAUAAGGCCGCCUCUCUUCUCCUCGCGUCCGGCAUCAACCCCGGCGAUGUCGUCGCUCUCACCUUCCCAAACACCAUCGAGUCUGUGGUGGUGUUCUUGGCUGUAAUUCGAUGUCGAGCCACCGCUGCGCCGCUAAACUCCGCGUACACCACCGAAGAGUUCGAGUUUUACCUAUCCGACUCAGAAUCGAAGCUUCUGGUGACAUCACAAGAAGGAAACCAACCGGCUCAAGCCGCCGCUUCAAAGCUGAAAAUCCCUUGCAUCACAGCCACUGUCUCCGACACCGGAGAUGACGUCAUUCUGAGUGAUUACAACUCUGAUUUGAAGUCCAAUUCGAUUAAUAGCAUCGUCAAUGACCCUGCCGACGUGGCACUCUUUCUUCACACCUCUGGGACGACGAGUCGACCCAAGGGCGUGCCUCUGACUCAGCUCAACCUCGCAUCCUCCGUCCGGAACAUCAAAUCUGUUUACAAACUCACUGAGUCGGACUCGACCGUCAUCGUCCUCCCACUGUUCCAUGUUCACGGCUUGCUCGCCGGUUUAUUGAGCUCCCUCGUCGCCGGAGCCGCCGUGACUCUCCCCUCGGCUGGGCGAUUCUCUGCUUCGACGUUCUGGUCAGACAUGAUCGCGUACAAGGCCACGUGGUACACCGCUGUCCCUACGAUUCACCAAAUCAUCCUCGAUCGCCAUCUAAGCAAGCCCGAGCCGUCUCUCCCUAAACUGCGCUUCAUCCGCAGCUGCAGCGCAUCCCUCGCACCGUCAAUACUCGCUCGGCUUGAGGAGUCAUUUGGCGCCCCGGUCCUUGAGGCUUACGCCAUGACGGAAGCGACUCACCUCAUGGCAUCGAACCCGUUACCCGAAAACGGUGAGCACAAACCCGGUUCGGUGGGCAAACCGGUUGGGCAAGAAAUGGCAAUAUUGGACGAGAAUGGUGUGUUGCAACAACCUAACGUCAGUGGUGAGGUGUGCAUAAGGGGCCCAAAUGUUACCAAGGGCUACAAAAAUAAUCCUGAGGCUAACAAGGCUGCUUUCAGUUUCGGGUGGUUUCACACUGGAGAUGUCGGGUUUCUGGACUCCGAUGGAUAUUUGCAUCUUGUUGGGCGAAUCAAGGAGCUUAUCAACAGAGGAGGGGAGAAGAUAUCGCCAAUUGAAGUAGAUGCGGUGCUUCUGUCUCAUCCGGACGUUGCCCAAGGUGUUGCAUUUGGAGUCCCUGAUGACAAGUAUGGGGAAGAGAUAAAUUGCGCCAUAAUUCCUAGAGAAGGGUCUGACUUGGACGAAUCAGAGGUGCUGCGGUUUUGCAAGAAGAAUUUGGCAACUUUCAAGGUUCCAAAGAAGGUAUUCAUGACCGACACUCUCCCGAAAACAGCUACUGGGAAGAUCCAGCGUCGACUCGUGGCAGAGCAUUUUCUUGCUCAAAUCUCCACAGCCAAAAUCCCCAAAUUUGGUGCUUAGUCAAGCAAUUAUUUCAAACAUUCUUAUUCCUAUUAGGUGCUUCAUACAUUCUCUUAAUAAGAUAUUCCCAAUGUUAUAUUAUGUAGCAUGGGAAGGCUCUGUUAUUCAAAUUCAGUAAACAAGAGUCACCGAAGAUGUGGUAAAAUUUGUUUUGCUUUCUCUCUUCCCAUUGUUGUGAUUAUGAGGAUUGGACGUUGGAGCUACAUUUGCCAUCAAUUUAUUUGAGGAGACUUGUGUCGAAA